GCAAGAUGGACGUCAGCAAUUUCGACCCUGAAGCGGUCCUGGUGGAUUCGGAGACUGUUGAAGCUGACGUAUCUGCUGAGAUGGACGAGGCGUGGUUGAGAACGAUGAGUGCCGACCAUGGGAAGUGAGACAAGGUCAUAGUCUCUAUCAGGCAUGUAUUUUUUGGGCGUCUCUGCUGAUAACAAGCCUGAUCCUGUUCUAGGGUACGACCUUCGAAUGCAGACUCGGCAUGGAUUCCGUCGUCGAGCGCCAGUUCCAUCCAUGUCGAUCCUCUCCAUGCAAAGUCUGGCGCUCCGAACCCCGCGGAGAACAAAUUUGACUUUGACUCUGUACUCACUGGCUCACCGAACAAACCUAUUUACAGCACUGUCGCUCAAUCGCAUGUGUAUGCUGCCAUGGAAGGAUACAACUCUGCCAUCUUUGCAUAUGGACAGACCGCCUCAGGGAAGACGUACACCCUCUGGUAAUGAAAGUGAACCCGGUAUCAUUCCCCGUGCCAUGAAGGAUGUUUCCGAUUCAUCAAGCGAAACAAGGAGAGGGAAUAUCUCUUUCGUUGCUCCUACCUCGAGAUCUGCAACAAGUCCAUCCAUGAUCUCCUCGCUCCUGUUGACAGUCCGGCUAUGAUGAUCCAAGGAGGGAGCGAGAUCAUCUUGACCCCCUCCGCGAGGAAGUUGUGACGAGCUUGAAGGGGUCAAGGAUGUGUUGAAGCGCGGGGAAAGCCAUCGACGGACGGCUUGUACGGACUGGGAUAAGAGGAGCAGUCGGAGUCAUAGUGUUUUCUGGCUGGUGAUCGAGAGUAGGGAGCGUGGUGAAGCCUUGGACGAGUCGUUCCAUGGACGAGUGACUCCAGCGCCGAGUGGAAGGCAGACACCGGGUCUUGGUUCCGCUGGUAAGCCUGGUCCGAAGCUGCAAGC